AGAGUUGUUGCAUCAGCUUACACCACUGCCAACACGCACGCAACAACUCCCAAAAUUGUUGGGAGUUGUUGCGUCCGUUUGCACGCAGCCUCAGGCGUAAGGUAUAAACAUUGCAGACGUUACAAACCAGAGGUCAAGCGAGUAACACCCGAAAAUCGUGCUUAAAUGUUCUUUGGACCGGUGCUUUACUGCUCAUAAGGUAAGAACAUUUCAAAAAGGUUAUUAAUCUGCUUAUUUUAACCUAGUGUGGGUUUAGAAAAGUGAAGGGACUAAAUUUUAUGUCCGACUCGCAGCUGCAAAGAUGACCGCGGAAGGUCAAAUAUCUGCAUUUUUUACCGAUUUUGUAAAGCUCUCGCGUCGCUAUUAAUCAUUUGCCCAAAAGCAUUUUUUUAGGAAUAUGUAGACCAUCCUUAUAACAUUCAGCCACCAUCACCUUAAUCGGUUUAAAGGUUUUGCACAUGGUGAAAAUUAUGUUUUUUCACGCAUUAUUUUUACUGAAGUAAAUUAUAUACGUUCGAAAUUAAAUUAUUUCAGUGCGGGAUCCAGACCCUGAGAUAAGGGUGGGGCCGGUCAUCCAGACCCUGAGAUAAGGCGGGGGCCGGUCUGCAAAAAAAAUUUUUCUGCCCUUCGGGCCUCAGUUUGGUCUAAAAAUAAGGGGGGGCCCCCUCGCCUGGAUCCGCCACUGUAUUUUGUAUACAAAGAACAGAGCAGUUCUCCCCAAAUAAUUUUAACAGAUAUUUAGAAGUUGUAAAAGAAGGUUGUGCUGCUUUAAAGACGGUAACGUAAUCGGAUUUUGCACGCGAGGGUUUGAAAACCAAGUCAUAAUUGAGUGCCUCAAAUGACGAUUUUAACGGAUUUUGGUUAUUUGGAUUUAUCGCUCAAACAAAAGGAUAUUUCAACGAAAAAAAACUAUAAAGUGAUUUUAGUUGGACCCUAGCUUAUCUAGCAUUAAAAAUUGAAAGAAAUCGAAUUUUCCACCUUUACCGCGAAAUUUUGAAUUUGUCUGAUUUUCUCGGACAUGGCGCUCUUAACAUGUAAAAUAACACAUAAUUACUUUACAUCAUUUUAUCCACAACUUUUACUUUUAUUGCUGAACGAAGUUAAAAAACAUGCAUUUUCACUAAAAGAUGGCUUGACCACCAGCUACCCCUUGUACGUCCGAGGGUUAAGAUACCAUUCAUUUGUUACAUCUAUCAAAGUUGUUAAUGUGAAGUGAAGGGAAUAAAACAGACUGUUUUUUUGAUAAAAGAUCAUGUUCCUUACUCGAUCCUUUCACAUACUUUUGACGGGGCUGAUGGGACCGAGUUUGACCUGUAAUUCUGUGGGUCUGUAUGGUAAGUUACCUUAAAUACAGGGGAAAUUUUUGGUCUUUUUCCGUUUUAAAAGAAAAACGUCAAUAUUCGAACUUUUAUUGAUGAUAGCUGACAAGGAAGCGGAAAUGAGUGUCAUACUACUUCUCUAUGAAAUAUGCAGGAAAUAUUAUGAAGUCUAGGGGCCUUAUGUGGAGAUAACUUAUUUAGGACUUUUAAAACUUCCACUGCCGUAGUAUGUUGCUGGAGUUAUGUAUAUCCAUUUGGUAACCCCUAGGCAAGGGUAGGACCGAUAGAGGUAAGAUAAUUGUUUAGGAUUUCGCAAAUGUCGAAGGGCUCAGUGACUGGUUUAUUGUUCACUCUCAGAUCAUGAAUGGCACUAAUCUGAUUUAAAUUCGUUUGCCUGCUCUUCUGGGACCUGAUUUUCCAGAAAAAAAAACAUGUUUUUUUUCUACUCCACUGAACAGGUCAUGGCUGCAACCGGCACGAGUGCCAAGAAGAUUGCUCCUUAAGUUCUGUUUUUUUUUUCCUUCGCGUUUUGAACAAUGAAUGUAUAGGUAUUUACGCUUAGUAAAUGAUAAUCUCUCGAUUAUUUAUGUUUGUGAAAGUGUCUUUCAUAUGUGGUAAACAAAAAAGGGUUCUGCUUGCAGUAAAAAAAAAAGACAAACAACAUGCAACACAAACAAAAAGAAAAUAAGCGUUUCUAGCAUUUUAUUUUUAUCUUUAGAACCAACAUGGAGUGGACUGAACAACAUGACAAUUGUCUUUGUCAGGAGAUUCUCGUUCUUGGACCAUUCAAGGCAAAGAAAGGAAGCAUAGCAAGGGGCCAAAUUUGGGAUGAAAUAGCGAUCAAUCUGAACAGCCUUGAACACCCCCAAAUGCAGAGUGACGAAGCCAUCUGUCAGAGAACGAUAUACGCUUUUGAGCGACAAACUUAG